AUGUUGGAGACGCGGUCGGUUCGUACCGCAGAUUCGGUGUGGGCGAACAAGCCGCUGCCGGCGCCUCACGCCAUGGCCAACUCCAGGCACGGGAAGAACACCCAGGACGAUGUUUGUUACGUCGUAGCCAAAUAUGACUACGCGGCCCAGGGUGCCCAAGAGUUGGAUCUGCGGAAGAACGAACGCUAUCUACUGUUAGACGACUCCAAGCACUGGUGGCGCGUGCAGAAUGCGCGCUCCCAGUCUGGCUACGUGCCCAGUAAUUAUGUCAAGAAGGAGAAACCUUCGUUGUUUGACAGUAUCAAAAAGAAAGUGAAAAAGGGUUCCGGAUCCAAAACCCUGCCGUCGAACAGCUCGCCGGUGCGCGGCGCGGGCCCGGAGUCGCCGGGCGCGCGCCGCGUGGAGCCCACGGAGGCGCUGGGCACCGCCGUGGUCAAGUACAACUACCAGGCGCAGCAGCCCGACGAGCUCUCCCUCACCAAGGGCACCCGCAUACUCAUACUGGAGAAGAGCAACGACGGCUGGUGGCGGGGACAGUACCAGGGGCAUACGGGGUGGUUUCCAUCGAAUUACACGAGCGAAGAAGGCGAUAGUGAAGACACUGUUCACACAUAUGCUAUGGCUGAAAAUGUUUUAGAUAUUGUUGUGGCGCUGUACUCGUUCACGUCGAACAACGAGCAGGAGCUGUCGUUCGAGAAGGGCGACCGGCUGGAGAUCGUGGAGCGCCCGCCGAGCGACCCCGAGUGGCUGCGCGCGCGCGACUCGCGCGGCGCCGUCGGCCUCGUGCCGCGCAACUACCUGCAGGAGCUGGCCGACUACCUCGCGCAGCCCUACAGCGAGGCGGGCGAGGGCGGCGGCGCGGGCGCGGGCGGCGCGGGGGCGGGCGGGGCGGGGGCGGGGGCGCGCGGCGCGGCGGGGCGCGCGUGGUACUACGGCGCCAUCUCGCGCACGCACUGCGACGCGCUGCUCAACCAGCACGGACACGACGGCGACUUCCUCAUACGCGACUCCGAGACCAACGUGGGCGACUUCUCGGUGUCGCUGAAGGCGCCGGGCCGCAACAAGCACUUCCGCGUGCAGGUGGAGGGCGCGCUGUACUGCAUCGGCCAGCGCAAGUUCCCGGCGCUGGAGCAGCUGGUGGCGCACUACCAGCGCGCGCCCAUCUACACCAACAAGCAGGGCGAGAAGCUCUACCUCGUGCGCCCGCUGCCGCGCGCGCCGCCGCCCUGC